AGUGGUAUCUUGCAAGAGUGCACACGGAAUUUGUACUCGUCAGCACAACAUUGAACACGCGCACGUAACAUUCACAUUAGCAGCGCUCAACACAAUCCCACCUUUUCGUCGCGUCCGUCACCUCACCGUUUCAAUCACCUGCUCUGGCCGCCCCACACUCCCUCCCCUCGGCCCACCAUGGACCGCGGAGGUCCCGUCGCUCAAGGACACUUGUCGGUAGCCUCGUCUGCCAGCGGCCGAUUCCUCGAAGAUUUACUCAACGAGUACAACUACGCGUCGAAUGCGAACAGUCCAAAUGGGAAUACACCCAGCUUGACCCCGGCAAACUUGUCUCCCGCGACAAGCACGUUGGCAUCGGAUGAUGAUGGGUGGAAGGAAACCGGAUUUGGGAACGGUCGGCGUUUUUAUCAGUCGCAAGGACGCGAACAUGAAGGAGAGGCUGUAUACCCGCCGCCGCCCCCGCCCCCACAGCACGAUCUCCCCCCUCCUCCGACUCAUCCAGCACAAUUGCAUUCACAUUUAGCACAGAGACAUUUGCAGCAUUCAUUACCGGGGUUCACAUCUCAGACGGACUCCCAAAAGGGUUCCCAAACGGGCUCCCAAACGGGCUCUCAAACGGGUUCCCACUCAGGUUCGCAACUUGCGUUGCAGCCGAGUUCACAACCGGCUUCACAGCCCGCUUCACAGCAUGGCUCUCAGCAAGGUUCGCCACACAUGGGUGCACAACGCAACAUGCCCGAUACUGGGUACCGUCGUGGACCAUCGGAGCAGGCUAUAGUAGCAGGUCUACGCGAUGAACCGCAUUCGAGAGCCUCUGAAGAGGAUUCACGACCGUCGAGAGGGUGGCUGCGGGGUAAUCUCCGUGUUCACCUCCGCGGACGCUCUACGGAAGAUCUUGGACGGCAAGCGCAUUCAUCGGACCACAACGGUCCGACACAGCGCAAAGGCUCAGCGGCGAGCGCAGACAUGAUUCCGGGGACACUGUCAAGUACCAGUUCGACUCUCCCGUCCGUCACAUCCCAAGCCCUUUCAACCACUUCCGGAUCCAUGAACUCUGCCAAAUACUCUGGCAGCCCGCCGAAAUCCAGUCGCUCCUUUUUCGCCGCCGGAUCCAGUCGUUCCCGCGGACACUCUCGCGAACGCUCCCCGCAACGCACAAAACCUCUCACCCCCGACCUGUGGAACCCCGACACUCCCCAUAAAGAAAAGAAGCCCCCAUCCAUCACCCCAGACAAGUGGAACACGGAACACAAGGAGAAAAAGAAGCUGUUUUGGAAUCCGUUUGGCAGAAAAAAGGGCAAAGACUCUGAUCAUGCUACGGAAAAUGUUGUUGUGUUGCGAAAGAGUGAGGGGAGCGCGCCGUCUUCGAGGUCUGAGGCGACGUCUGUUGUGACAAGGGAUUCAUCUACGGGGCACUUGACGCCGACGAAAAAGUCAAAGCAUAGUCGGAGCCGAGAAGGAUCACGGAGAGAUGAAAAGCGGCUUCAACUCGACCUAUCCAAUUUCUCCAUGGACCCCUCUUUUGUCCCGUAUGACCUCGUUUCUCCCCUGUCCCCUUCCUCUGGCCAUUCGGGCCUCGUUCCCACACCGAUAGGCUAUUCCCCCGAAAAAAUGCCCAACAAUCUCCCCGCACCACAACCCCCACCGUCUUCCGGGCCUUACACUGUUUCUUCCGCAGGUGCCCACGUCCUUCUCUCUCAAGCCACUUCCACAUGGCAACCACCUGAAAGCUGGGGAACGCAUUUGGAUAGCGAGGGUGCGCGGACUUUGACUCCUCAGGAGGCCUGGACACAAGCGUUGACGAGUACGGACCAUGCUUCUGUGCGGUCUGUCCCGACGGGUGGGACGAUACCCUCUGCUUCGAGUAUGGGAGAGUUGCGCACGCCCUUUGAGGAGUUGCCGCCUUUUGAUGAUCGAGGGGAUGGAGAUAGUCUAAGAGGAAGUCAAGAGAAGCUAUAUGACGAAAAAUUGUGCGCGUUUAGGCUGUUUCGCCGGGACGGAACUUUUGCGACUAUUUCGUGCCGUGAAUCGACCACAGCAGGCGAACUACUUAUCAUUAUGGCCAAAAAGAGUCUUAUAUCAGAUUUCUCAAGGUUUAAUAUUUGUAUUGUGCGCAAGGGGUCGGAACGCAUUCUGGGCCGAACCGAACGACCGCUCGUAAUUCAGCGACGUUUGUUCGAGCAGCUAGGAUAUGUGGCGGCAGACAAGAUCGAGCUAUUAGGACGCGAAGACAAUUCUUAUUUGUGUCGGUUUGUUUUCAAGGAGAUUUCAACCGGAACUGAGAUUCAUCCGGAUUAUUGGCGAUCCCCCGCCUUCAACACUUCCCUCGUUUCCUUGUCCGGUUUCAACAUUUCCACCGUCCCCGUCGCAUUGUUUCAUUUCGCUAGUGAAAUUCGAUACCUCGACCUCUCGCGCAACCUCAACAUUCAAGACCUCCCCAACGACCUUGCCCAAGCCAUGGAAUCGCUCCGCGCGCUGUCUUUAGCACGGAACGAAAUCGCCCGUGUACCAAAAUCACUGAAAUCGCUUCGAACGCUUUCAGAGGUGGAUUUGUCAUACAAUCGGAUUACUUCUCUCGAAGGAACAGGACUUGAAUCUGUGGCUGGAUUGACGAAGCUGCGUUUGGGUGGUAACUUGAUUGACCGGAUUCCAGAGGACCUAUUACGGGGAUGCCAGAAAUUGGAGCUGCUUGACUUGUCGAAUAAUCGGUUCAGGUCCUUUCCGGUAGAUUUGUGCCGGUAUUUGGGUCUAUCGCUCAAGCACCUUGACCUCUCCUUUUGUCGCAUAAAAGCGAAGAUCCCCGAUGCGAUUGGCGAGCUGCGUCAUUUAAUUUCGCUACGGCUGGCUGGCAAUCGUAUGUACGGAGGUCUUCCGUGGCGUUUGGGUGAGCUUCAGGAUUUGCGUGAACUUGAUUUACGUGGCAACUCGUUUGGGAAUGCAGGUGGGGAGGAAUCAAUGGUCAUGGAAGUUUUAUGUCGGUGUAAGAAGUUAGAGACUGUGCAGCUGGACGCGAACCGGGUUCGGUGGGUUGGAAAAUGGAGUGAUUGGAAUACUGAUCGGCGGACAGAGGAAUCUGAUAAUGAUUCGUCUGAAGAAGCCACGGAGUCAAAGUCUCUCGAGUGUCCCAAUCUGAAACACCUUUCCAUGAGUUUCCAAUUUGACCCCCACAAUGACCGGUCCAUGGUCUUCCGACUCGUUAAUCUCUCUGGAUCGCUCUCUGAAUUGGAUAUCGGAUAUUGUGGGAUUGAGGCCCUCCCCAAGCGCUUCUUUCAGCGACUUCCUGGAGUACAGGUUCUCAAUCUCUCUGGGAACAGACUUAAAGAGCUCCCGGAUUUCACAGCUCACAAAACAUCCGAGCCAGUCCGUCUGUCUCUUCGAGAGCUGCAUGUCGCCAAUAAUUAUUUGGAAUACCUCCCAGAUGAUAUCGGCGAACUGAUCAAACUCCAGUACCUGGACGCCAAAAACAACAAUCUCCGCGAACUCCCUGCUGGCAUUUGGCGCUGCAAGAGUCUUAAAAUCCUCAAUGUGACUUCCAAUCGUCUUGAAAUCUUUCCGACGCCGCUACCAGAGGAUGGUACCGUCCUCGUCUCAGGACAAGUCGUCACAUUUGGACGCGGAGGUGCAUUUUCGUUUGGCGGAAGUUUCGGGGAACGAGGGGGAGUUUUGAAUCUUUAUGGACGCUCUCCUGGGCAAGCUGAUGAAUUCACGAUGGCGCAACCUCCUACUGCUACACCUUCCUCACAAGUCGUGACUCUCCCCCCACUUUCUCAUUCUCUUGAACAACUCUAUCUUUCCGAAAACCAUCUUUCUGAUGAUCUCUAUAUGGCCCUGUACCACCUCCCCAACCUAACUAUCCUCCACGCCUCCUUUAACGAAAUCACCGAUAUAACUCCCUGGGUCGUCGCCAUCCCCGUUCCGAUCCCAAUGACACCCUGGUUCCAGAAACUGGUUGAACUCCAUUUAUCAGGCAAUCUCAUCGCGACUCUCCCAGGCGAGAUUGAGCGCAUGCGGAGUUUGAAGUUGCUAUUUUUGAAUGGGAAUAAAUUGAGUACGGUUCCGGGUGAAGUUGGCAAGUUGAAAGGGCUUGAAGCGCUUGACUUAGGGAGUCAAGUUGGUGGACGCGGUGAGGGAACGGGGUUGAGGUAUAAUGUCUCGAAUUGGCCGUAUGAUUGGAAUUGGAACUGGAACUUGGAUCUCAAGUACCUCAACCUUUCUGGCAACAAGCGUCUGGAAAUCAAGCCCUCUACUAACAACGCCUCCAGUUUCCUUACGGACUCUGUGCCCGCUGGGAACACGCCCUCCCCUGCCGCUGCACACAAGAUUGGAGCCCGAGGCGGCGCCAUCCAAGCUCCAGCAACAUCCGGAGCAUUGGUCGCAAAUCCCUCCCAACGACGGAGAGAUCUAACGGAUUUCAACGCUUUGACCAAUUUGCGGUUGCUGGGGUUAAUGGAUGUCACGUGUUUGAUUGUUCCGCCGGAUGAGAGUUCGGAGAGGCGGAUUCGCACCACCGGGUCUGAAGUCCCCAUGGUUGGCAUCCCAUCUGGUUCGGUACGGUACGGUGUCGCAGACUGCUUGACGCGGCCCAAUCCCAAAGACGUUAUCCCCGCGAUUGGAUUCACCACCACCCCCAACACGACUCGUGAGGGCGAUGCAGAUACAUUCGAAGUAUGGGACCUUGUUGUUCCCAAGUUCCGGGGGAAAGAUAAUGAAGCGCUUUUUGCCGUUUUCGACGGACGCGGUACGCAUGGUGGUGCGCGCAUGGCUAAAUAUUUGAAUGAGUGGUUUGGAUGGUUUCUUGCCAAUGAAUUGGAGAAAUUGGAAAAGGAGCCAUCGCAUGGGCGGGAACGGCAUUCUGAGGUGGGUGGGGUCAAUUUAGGUUUGACGAAAAGUCCCACAGGUGAUUCCGGUCCCUCUCCUGGGACUGGGAACGCUACCGGAAAUGCCUCAGGCAAUCGAUCCGCACCAGGCAGUGUCCGCCAUGUACCUCGACAGCGUACACCCAUCCCUGCUGACACGACCCGCUCUGGCGCGCUGGACGCAAAUGGGAUCACAACGGCUCUUAGACGAACUUUUAUUGCCGUGAACCGCGAGUUAGGGAGCAUGGGAGACGAAAUUGACGAUGCGACUUCGUCUGGCCCACAAGCAUACCACCACCAACCCAGGAGUUCCUCUGAAUCCAAGCGAUGGGACCAAACCAUGGGACGCUCUAAAAACGGCAAAGGGCACCCAGGCCUUCUGUACGGCGCGUCAGCACUGGUCGUCUUUUUACAUGGAUCCCCUCACAGACGCGCUGGUGCCAAGUGUACAUUGUAUAUCGCGAACGUGGGAGACGGUAUGGUGGUCAUGUCCAAGGCGGGCGGUCUCGCUCAAGUCCUCGCCAAGCACCAUGUAUUGGAUUUGGCGGGAUUGAGUCGAGCAGAGGCGGGAAGGCUGCACGCCAAGAUGGCGGCUGCUGCCGCGGCUGCUCCGACAAGUGGUGGGAAUCAACCCACAAAACGAUCCGACGCAGAGCUCGAAAAGCGUUCACUCUAUGCCUCGGACCCCAUCCCAUGGUCCCUUUCGGAAAUAGAGCGCGUGCAGAACGCAAGCGGAUGGUUUGCUUCCUCUGGGAAAUUAGAAGGCGAAGUGGAUCUCUUGCGUGGAUUUGGCUUCUUUCCGUUUUUAGGUGCCGUGAAUGCCGAUCCAUGGAUUCAGACUGUGGAAUUGGAAGUGGGAGAUGAUGAGGAACUGUUAAAACGGGAAGAGAGCGUGGAAUCGCGAAAACAUCACCUGGCUGCACCGAGUGUCGAGGAUGAGAGUGGUGUUGAUGCGGGUGCAGGCCAGCAUCCUGCCGCUGCUGCCACUUCGGGGGGCGGAGAUGAGUUUGUGGUGUUGGCUAGUGGCGCCGUUUGGCGGGCCGUGAAGUGCGGUGGAACGUACGAAGACGGUGCGCAGAUGGUGGUGGACAUUGCUCGGUCAGCGGUUGCACCGGCGAACCCCACGGGGGCAGGUACAGCUACGGGAAUGACGGUCUCUGGCAGUGUCGGCGGAACGCCCUCCUCCACCGGCAUCGGCAUGACAAAGAGCUCUUCCAACCUCGCUGCCCAUCAACAACAGAGCCCCAAAACAUCUGGAGGGUGGAGUACCGCCGCGAUGAAGGUUCGCGAUGUGGCGCUGUCACUUGGUGGUGGACGCGUUGGAGGUGGGUAUCUGGUCAUGGUACUUGGGUUGAGAGACUUAGCCAAGAAGAGUGCGUGGUGGAAUGCGGCGGGCGCUAGACGCGGGAGUGCAGAGAGCUCGAGUGAGAGCCUCAGUGUUGAGGAUCGGACGCGACGAGAAGGCGGAAGUGUCAAAAAGGGCAAAAAAACUGGUGAGGAGGUGGAUUUACUCGUCAAGGAGAUUGCACCCCCAAUUGGACGUCUUGCUUUGGUGUUUACCGAUAUCAAAAAUUCGACUUCCAUCUGGGAGAACAAUCCUGUCGCCAUGCGAGCUGCUCUCCGUCUCCACCACACGGUCAUGCGCCGUCUGUUGCGCCAAACCGGGGGAUACGAAGUCAAAACCGAAGGCGACGCCUUUAUGGUCUCCUUUCAAAAUAUUGCCAACGCAGUGGAUUGGUGUUUGACUGUCCAAGGCGAACUCCUGAACAUUGAUUGGCCAGCCGAGAUUCUCGCCAUGGUGGACGGAAGUGAUAUUUGGUGGCAACGGAACGGAUCCACAGAAUUUGUCUCGGGUGCUGGAUUAGGGGAUGAGGAAGACCGCGGGGACGCAUCAUCGGAUAUGGAAGUGGAAUUGACCGAUGAUGGACGACGAUUACGUGGGGACGGCCGGCCGCGCAAACAACGCGAGCUGAUCUUUAAAGGUCUUUCUGUCCGCAUGGGCAUCCAUUUCGGUGCACCUCUGUGUGAAGUGGAUCCCAUUACGUCUCGUAUGGACUAUUACGGCCCAAUGGUCAACCGCGCGGCCCGUGUCACCGGUGCCUCACAAGGUGGACAGGUCCUCAUUUCCUCGGACGCCAUGAAGGAACUCCAACAUGUCUUGGGCUGGUGGGAGCAUGAUGGUGGUGUCGGGGAGGGCGUCAAGAGCGGCAAGGACUUGACCGAAGUUGUGGAUGGUGGGGAGGAGGUGGCAAGGUUGAAAAAGUUGGGGAUUGUGACAUGGUGUAUUGGAGAGGUCAAGCUGAAGGGGUUGGAGACGCCGGAAGUUAUAUAUGCGAUUUACCGACGAGACUUGUUCAUGCGACAUCGGUUCUUUGCAUUGGAACAGAGUGGAGGGUUGAAUCUCAUGGCACAGCCUCAACGCAAAGCCGACGAACCACCUCGCGAAAAAGUCCACAAACUCGACCGCAACACACUCCGAACACUUGCCUGCAUCUGUCUUCGAUUAGAGUAUCUCGCCGCCCGAUGCAGUGAUGAAUGGAAAGAAGACGAGUCGAAUUCCAUUACGCCUCCAGAAGACACGGAGGGAGAUUGGGCUGUUGAAGGUGUUGAGGAAGCAGAUCGGGAGGGCUUAAUUAAAGUUUUGGAAGGGCUUGUCGCUAGGAUUGAGAACGCAGUAUCCAUCCUCUACCUAACCCGAUCCCGCUUCUCCCGCGUUCUUCAGUCUCUUGGUGCAGCUAUUGAGACCGAUCCCAAUCACUUGUUGAGGGCUCUACAACUUUACGCGGAGGAACUGGAGGAACGGAAACGGAGACGGGCGAAACAAAAGGAGGGUAAGCGGGAGAGGGAGGAGCGGAGACAGAGACGAAAAUAAUGUGAUGGCGAGCACACGGACAACGGAAGGGUGAAAAGUUGCGUCUGAGACACGAUGAUCGGUUGCUGGUGAUUUGGAUAUUCCCCAUUUUUUUUUCAUUUCUAUUUUGUAUAAUUUUGGGUUCUCUCUCGAGGGUCAUGAUGUGGGUCAUACAGUUGCUGAUUUCUUCUGGGGCAAAGGCUUUUUAGGGUAUACUUUUGUGCGCGUUAUUUGUAGUAUAUUGGAGAGUGUAUUGCGCAUUUGUCUGGUUUGUUUACAAUUUUUGGAGGGACAUGACUUUUUUACGAGCACCAUGGACCGAGAUCCUCAAUUCGAUACGACACAUGGCGAUAAUCGUGUGCCUUGUUCCUUUACAGCGACCACCAUCAUGGAUGAGCUUUUGCUAUCUCGGCUGCUGGGAUGCGCGCAUCCCCCAAAAAGCGCCUUUAAAUGUUCCAAAGGAACGAAAGAGGCAAAUGUACUGUAUUAGACGCAAUCCAUUGGAAGACUGUAACAAUCUCGGCAGCUAGGGCUGCUUGAAUAGCACUAUCU